CUCUACAACAGUACUGAUACUCUUAACAUUUCAAAGCCCGCAAUCUCGCAUCCACACUGAUAGAAGAUAAUUGCUACAUAUCCAUGAUGAAUGCAGACCUGUUGACAUACAACAUUGAAUUAUUGUCCCACUCUAAUGUUCAUAAUACGUUUCUUAAACUUUAAUCUUGAUUAUUUUCUCCACAGGUAUGGCGGCUCAUGAAGGUAUUGCCGAUAUUCUUCUCUCCAAGCUGGCUGAAGACAUCGAGACGGGUGAGCAGAUGGAGGCCCUAGGACGAACACUCGGAUUCAGGGUCGCAGACAUCAAUAGAUACACAGAGACCAAUAGGAUAGAAGGACGGGUGACUUGCAAGGGAACACGUGACAUGCUGUUUGACUGGAGACAGACCGUGGAGCCCUGCGACCAGCAUAUCAGACUGAAACAAGGUCUCAUUGACGCUGAGCUGGUCAUGCUUGCUAGUACAUAUCUCAAGAGGACACCGAUUAUUCCAGAUAUUUCCAGUAAGAAGAUCUCGCCAUCAUUGACCGUUCAACGAUGUCGAGAAAAGUUGGAGAAUAAGUACCUUAAUCAAUUGUGCAAAAUUCCUAUGAAACCGUGGGAUAAAAGUGAUUAUGCCGAGUUCAAAGAUAUGCACACGGUGGUCACAAUGGUGACGAAGGACGCUCGUGGACAAGACACUACAAAGAAGGAAAUACUCCAGGGUUCUGUUGCUGACAUUUUUUCGACGAAAGUAAACGGAAGACUGCCAGCUCGAAUCCUCAUUUCGGCCCCAGCUGGACGAGGGAAGACCACGGCUGUUGCUAAGAUGGCAUACGACUGGGUUCAUAGAGAAAAGGGGUCAGCGUUAGAACUACUGCCACUUCUGUUUGUGGUGAAAUUCCGAAACACAAGUCAGCGUACAUCGAUAGGAGAAGCAAUUAAAUCCCAACUUUUGAAUGAUGUUGAUGAUCUCACACCAGAGGGUCUGGAGAGUUUCAUUAGAGAAAAUCAGGGAAUAUGUCACAUCAUACUAGACGGACUAGAUGAGUAUGCAGGUAUUUCUUCUUCAAACCGGAGCUCAGAGAGCAAUAUGGUCAGUGUCAUCCGCUGGGAGGAAUUUCCAGAGUGUCGGGUCCUUGUAACAACACGCCCUCACCUAGAGAACUUCUUCAAUCAAGAUGAUCUUCCAACGGUAUACACAAAGAUGUGGAUCGAAGGAUUCUCGCAAGAGAGCUCACGAGAGUACAUCGACAAGUUCUUUGCUUCAACUUUGAAUCCUUGUCGUGGACAUGGACAUGGUCUGAAGGUUUACCUUGAUGACCAACCACUGAUUAAUGAGCUUGUUAAAACACCUUUAUUUUGUCUCAUGGUCUGUCACUUAUGGAGCGAGGGGAUGUUGAACACUGAAACUGCAACUCAAACAGAAUUAUUAGAUAGUGUGAAUGAUUUUCUGAUGCACCAUGCCAAUGCCAAAUCAAAUUCAAAAGACGAAAUAACAAAAGAAGAACUAAUCGAAAUCAUUCGUAAACUGGGUAAGGUUGCUCUAGCUGGUCUAAUAGACGACUCCAAAAAAAUAGUUUUUACGCCCCAUGAUUUUCGAAAAAUUCCUGCUAUCCUUGAUAGGGCAUGUGAGCUUGGGUUGUUAUCCAACAUGACGAUUCCAACGACAAGGCUCCCACAAUCCCACAAAACCACGUCCACGACCAUUGAGUUUUAUCACAAACUCGUUCAGGAACACUCGGCUGGGAAAUACCUUGCUGCUAAAACGAAGAAAUAUAUGUUACUACUGAAGAUUUCUAAGUUAGACAGACUGCUGCGAAACAUCAAGGCAAACAUCGGGGAUUAUGAGAAUCUCAUCCGAUUUGCUGCUGGCACAGAUAACAGCCUUUGCAUACGAAUAAUGGAGGCGCUUCUUUCCAACCGCUUUUUGGAUGAGAGCGAGCGAUAUCGCAUUCUUCUUGACUGCUCAUCAGAGACCAAGGGUACCGAAGGAAACGUGUCUUCGUUGGUUCAAAGAUGUGUGAAUGCAGAGAGUAUUGUUCUGAAGUCACCGACUGUCUACACCGUCGUUGGGAUGCAAAAUCUUCCACAGCAACUUAAACGUUAUGACUAUAAAGUUAGAGGAAUCUACUAUAACUACCGGCGUGACGAGUGGACUGUGGUCCUGCCUGGGAUCAUUUUCGAUGCUACGUACUCUGACCAUCACAGACUCCUCUCUCAGUUUCCCUCCAUCUACCCAUGA